AUGAGUUUUGGAGCCCCCGGAGGUGGCUCGGUGAACUACAAGCCCUCGCCACCCGAGCGCGGCAGCUUUCCCCUCGAUCACGAAGGAGAAUGCAAACAUGUUAUCGCUGGCUACCUGAAGUGCAUCAAGAUGAACCGCGGUACCAAUGAUGAGGCAUGUCGCAAGCUGGCGAAGGAAUAUCUUGCCUGCCGCAUGGAUAAAAACCUUAUGGCGCCCGACGAGUUCAAGAACCUUGGACUCAUAUUCAAAGACGAUAAAGAGAAAAACGCAGCGCCAGCAGCUGCCAAUGGGCCAGACGCAUCACAAGAAGCUUCCAAAGGGAAUUGA